AUGUCUCCUUACUCUAUAGUGUUUGUCCGCUAGAUGUCUCCUGUUAGUUAAUGGUUAACUCACAUAACUUCACCGUGUUUUAUCCUUAUUAUAGGUGUCAGCACCUGCUUUCGACAUUACAGAACAUCGUUAUAGUUUGGUUAAAUCUCAAUUUUGAACAGAUGAGGGGUACUCGAUGCUGGCAGCUUGCUGUGCUAACCACAGGAGUAAACCUGUUCCUGUCGUUUACACUAGUUAUGUAUUCCUUCUCCCAUACGGGCGUACACUCCCCGCCUGGGGAUCCAAGAGCACUUCUCAGUUUAGAGUACACGGGUGAGGAGGGUGUACAAACAGAAGUAGAGACUAAACCUUCUCAGCAAGCUCUAGCCGCUGGGCUUCAAAAUGCUCCGGCUAAACCGGAGAACUUGACUCCGGAGAACUUAAAUCCGGAGAAUUGUAAUCCAGAGAAUUUGAAUCCAGAGAAUUUGAAUAAAGAAUAUGCUCCCUUGAACCAACACUCUGAGACUCAGGAAGAGUUUACGAUUCAGUAUAAACCUGGAGAAGGGGUAUUUGAUCAAUUCAGAAUGUUUAAAGUUUUCGACUUCAGCAAAACUGGACAAAACUGGUUGCACCUUGGCAAGAGACAUAUUUGCCUGGGAGCCCAGACUAGUGUGGACAGGAUUUAUCAUCUAGUUGAGCUGCUUGGAGGAUGGACAGGACAGUUAUCUUUAGCUAUAUUUACUCCUGAUCUUGAGUUAUCAGUAGCACAUAAAUAUAUCCAGUUCUUAUCCCACUGCUAUCCUAAUCUACAUCAACAGGUUUCUUUCCACCUUGUUGAACCUGUAGAACACCCAGGAGUUAUGAAUAUGGACAUAUUUAAUGAAAUACACGAAAACCAGGUUAAAUGUGAGGACCAUAAGAUAUAUCUUGAGCAGUUGAUGAGCUAUCUACCUAAAAAUAUGUCUACAUGGAGAGUCAGCUAUCCUUAUCCGCAGAACUUACUCAGAAAUACUGCAAAGAGAACGUGUCAGACUGAAUACACAUACAUACCAGAUAUAGACAUGGUACUUCCUGCUGGUAUAGAUAUGCAAUUAGAGAAAUUUAUUGAGAGCCAGGAAAACUGUAAUAAAUGUGCCUACGUAGUGCCAACCUAUGAAAUUAAAAGUGAUUUAACAUCAACACCAAAGAACAAAAAUGAGUUGAGGUAAGCAUUCAUCAAGAAAUUAAGAAAAG